CUCAUACAGUUGCACAGCCCAUACCCUUACAUCUCUUUUUGUUCUGAAACUAAUGGCCAAAAUAAAACACAACCUAAGAAGACUAAAGACAUGCUAAGAUGAAGCAUCUGUUUAAAAAAAAAAAAAAGGCGGUCGUUUUCUACCAUCUAAAACUAAGUUCUCACACACACACAAAAAAGCGCUGGAAUCGCCAGAUCUCUGGCCCCAACAGCGGAACCGGAUUCUUUCUGAAAUAAAAAUGCACAAAGGUUGCUUUUGCUUUGUUCUGUGACAUGAGGGCUGGGCCAACCCGCGCGGCCUCAGGCAGCUUUUACAGGGUGAACAGCGGGCGCAGCCCCGCACCCCGCCGCGCGCACCCCGUCCCCGCUCCUCCGCACCGCCGCCCGCGGCCUCUGCAGCGCCCGAGCCCGCAGCCCCCGCAGCCCCCGCGGCUCCGGCCCAGCGCGCCCGGCCGCUCCCCGGAGGCGCCUCGGCGCCCCGGGCCAAACCCGCCCUUGCACAUCCCCCUGCCCCGAGGCAGGCCCCGGGCCGCGGAACUCACAAAAGCCGGAGUGGCCCGCACGGCGCGGAAGGUAACAAGUCUCUCGGGCCGGCCGCGGCAGGCAGGGCCGGAAGAGCGCGACGGCCGUGACGUCACUUCCGCUCCGGCCCGGAGGGUGCGGGGCGCCGGGCGGAGCUCCCCGAGUGACUCUCGCGUUUCCUCCUGCUGGAGUGUCCCGGGGCGCUUCUACCGGCUCGGAACAGGGACAGAUGGACGAAAAGGGGCAGAGGCCAAAACUAAGGUCACAGCUUCAAUACUUCUGACAGAAUUCUUCACUGCUUCCAAGAGGGAGAGUAGUUCUGGAGGCUCCCCAUACAACCCUUUACCAGCUGGUGUGCAAGGAGUACGUGGUAUAGUUUUGCUUUUAAUCUGUAGCAAAUCACCAAAUAAUCUACUAGCUGAACUCUGCUCAUUAAAAGCCUCCUGUAGAUGAACGUGG